AUGCCGUCAGAAAAAGGAGGAAAAGUGGCCUUCCAGGAAUUUUUAGGGGAAAGUAUCAAACUACUUAGAGCAGCACCUCAAGUCCCUGGUGAUGAGGCUAGUCUAAGGCUGAGCCGGGCAGUGGUGUCCUGGGCUGGGGUCCCGGUGAGGAAGAAGCCGGGCUGUUGCAUGCCUGCAGCGCAGUACUGGGAUGGACUGAGGGUGAGGGGCCAACCUGCAGUGCAGCCCCCGGAGGCAAAGGGCAGAGGGUCCAGGCGGGGGUCCUCCAGGACCUUUCUUAUUUGGCUCUUCCUUGCAGAUAUUGUCCUCUUAAUUGACAGCUCUGACGCUAUGAAACCUUCGUCUCUCCCCUAUGUGAAAAAAUUUAUGAUCCGUAUGAUUGAAAACCUACCAAUAGGGCCUAACCAGUUUCGGCUGGCGCUUGUUCAGUACAGCGAUGAUUUGUCCAUUGAAUUUGUGCUGGAAGCUUACAGAAAAGCGAGUCCUAUGAUGAAUCGUAUCAAGAAUUACUUUACAUUUAAAGGCGGGAGUUCAGUGCAAAUUGGAAAUGCCCUCAAUAAGGCUUAUGAAACCUUUUUCCAAAAGUCAGCAGAUGAAAAAGAAAGGCAGCAAAUCAUUGUGAUUUUGACAUCAGCACCCUCAGAAGAUGAUGUUCAAGAAGCUGCCAGAGGCUUGCAGAGCCUUGGAGUAAAGAUAAUAGCUAUAGGGACAAAAGAAGCUCCAUAUAACGAACUUUUUGAGAUGGCCACCCCACCAUUUUAUUACAAAAUUCCAGUGAUACAGGAGCUGCCUAAAUUCUCAGAAUAUAUGCCACAAAUCAUUGAUGAUAUUAUCCAAGAACACAACGCCGACUUAAUAAGUAUACCUGAUUACAAUGAUAUAGCUGUGCAAGAAGUAUGUGAUGGACACUUGGUUGCUGACAUUGUGUUUAUAGUUGAUCAUGGUACUUCAAAGUCAAACUUUGAAGAAUUAAAAAAAUUCCUGCAAAACCUAACAUCCUCAUUUCAUGUGAAUGAGAAAUGCAUAAGAAUUGGACUGGUGACGUACGCUGACGGACAAGAAGUGGUGUCUCAUCUGAACACAGAUACAAACAAAGCUGAAAUUCUGAAGAUAAUACAGGACCUUUCUGCUGGGUCAGGAGAAGCCAACACUGGUGCAGCUAUUAAUGUCACAAGGCUAAAACUCUUUACUGAAAGUGCUGGGAGCAGAAGGAAGCAAGGGGUAGAGCAAAUAGCUUUUCUUCUUACCCACAGACCCUCUCAAGACAAUGUGACUGAUGUUGCUACUCUUCUGCGGAGAAGUGGCGUGACAGUGUUUGCCACAGGUGUUGGAGAUGCUUCUGAUCAACAGCUGGUCCAGAUAGCUUCUUAUCCUCAAGAGCAGUAUGUUACCCGUCUCAAGGUGUUUUCUGAUCUGCAAAGGCAAAGUACGACGUUUCAAAAGAAGCUCUUAAAUGAAAUACAAAACAAGCUCUAUGUCCACUCUGAAAGAAGAGAGAUUCUCAAAACAGGAUGCCUGGACACAGAAGAAGCUGAUAUUUAUUUGCUCAUUGAUGGCUCGUCAAGUGUUGACUACUCGGAUUUUGUCGAUAUGAAGAAUUUUUUGAAGGAAAUUAUUACGCUGUUUGACAUCGGAACAAAGAAAGUUCGAUUUGGACUCGUGCAGUUCUCCCAUUUCAAUGAACUGGAGUUUGAACUUAAUAAAUACACUUCAGCAAGUGAUUUGAUAAAAGGGAUUGAAAACAUUCGGCAAGUAGGUGGAAAUACCAGUACAGGGGGAGCUCUAAGUUACAUGAAGCCAUUGUUUGAAGAGGCCAGGAGGCAGCGAGGAGUUACAGUGCCUUGCCAUCUAGUUGUUCUCACAGACGGAGAGUCACAGGACAGUGUGAAGGAACCAGCCAUGAAACUCAGGGAAGACCUGAUUAACAUUUAUGUCAUUGGUGUGAAGGAAGCUAAUAAAACUCAGCUUUAUGAGAUUGCAGGAGUGAAAAACAGAGUGUACUUUGUACAUGAUUUUAGCUUGCUGAAAGACAUUAAAAAUGAAGUUGUCCGAGAGAUCUGUACCACAGAAGUCUGCAAAGAAAUGAAAGCUGAUAUCAUGUUUUUAGUGGACAGUUCUGGAAGUAUUAGAAAUGAGGAUUUUCUGAAAAUGAAAAACUUCAUGAGACAGCUGGUGAAUGGAACAGAUGUUGGUGCAGACAGAGUGCAGAUUGGUGUUGUCCAAUUCAGUGACAAACCAAAGGAAGAGUUCAAGCUCAACACCUACUCCACCAAAAGAGAUAUCCUCAGUGCUAUUGAUAGGAUAUCUCCCCUUCAAUCCUCCACACUGACAGGAGAAGCACUGAAGUUCAUGCUUAAAUACUUUCAAGCCAGCAGUGGUUCACGUCACGCAGUUAAAAAAGUUCUCAUCCUGAUCACAGAUGGGGAAUCGCAAGAUGAAGUUAAAGUCCCUGCCACAGUACUCCGAGAUAAAGGCAUUCUUAUCUACUCUGUUGGAGUUUUUAACGCAAACAAAACUCAGCUUGAAGAGAUUAGUGGGAAGCGUGAGAUGGUAUUCUAUGUUGAAAACUUUGAUAUUCUAAACCAGAGAAAAAGCGACCUCAUUUUUCAGAUUUGCAGUAGUCCUCCUGAUGAUAAAUGCAGAAGAAUAGAACGUUUAGACAUUGUGUUUGUUAUAGACAGCUCUGGAAGCAUAAACUACUUACAGUACCAGGCCAUGAAAGACUUCAUGAUUGCCCUGGUGAAACAAUCUGAUGUCGGCCCAGAUGGAGUUCAGUUUGGAGCACUAAAAUAUUCUGAUGAUCCAGUAGUGCUCUUCUACCUCAAUAACUAUACUACAAAACAGGAGAUUAAUGAGACUAUCCAGCGAGAUACCCUUCUAGGACAAUCAACUUACACGGCAAAGGCCCUGGUCCAUUCAGAAAUGUUGUUCACUGAAGAACAUGGCAGCCGCAAGAGCAAAGGAGUUCCCCAAGUCCUAGUAGUGAUAACUGAUGGGGAUUCCCAUGAUAGAAAUCAUCUGGAUGGUGUGGCCCAGGGAUUAAGGAACAAAGGAAUUACCAUCUACGCAGUUGGCGUAAAAGGAGCAAGUCGAAGUGAGCUUCUGACAAUGGCUGGAUCAGAGGACAAAUGUUUCUAUGUGGAUACCUUUGAAGGACUUCAGAACUUAACUGCAAAUAUAACAAAUAACAUAUGUGAUAUUUCAGUACCAGAAUGUCCAAAGAAAGCAGACAUCAUGUUCCUAAUAGAUGGUUCCAGAAACAUAGAUGAAGAAAACUUCAGGAUAAUGAAGGACUUUGUGACAAAUGUAAUCAAUCCAGCUGUUACUGCUCAAAAUACCAAAAUUGGCUUUGCACUGUAUGGUGGUGUCUAUAAAGAAGAGUUCAAACUAGGCAUUUUUCCGAACAGAUCAGAACUAGAAUUUAAAAUUCAAAGCGUCAAACAAAUGAGAGGACACCGAAGUAAUAUUGAAAAUGCACUUGAGAAAGUGAAACUCAACUUCCAACCAGAAAACGGCAGCAGAAUACAUGAAAAUAUCCAACAGAUUUUACUGGUAAUCAUUGCUGGACGAACAACCAGUAGAGCUGCAAGAGCAGCAGAAAGCCUGAGGAAGAAAGGUGUUGAUAUAUACGCCAUAGGCGUGGGAAAUGUUGAUCAGUCCCACCUAACACAGAUAACUGGAUCAUCAAGUAGGAAAUAUGCCGUUGAUGACUUUUCUAACUUGAAGACCAUAAAAAAAAGACUGGUUGAUAUUAUGUGUGAGGAUGAUAAUAGAAAAGUAGCUUGUCUUGUGGAUAUCACUGUGGGAUUUGACAUCUCAUCACAGAGAGAAGGCCACCACUUUUUUCAUGGACAGACCAAACUGGAAAAGCAUUUCCCUGAGAUUUUGCAAGCCCUCCUGUCUCUAAGGGACGUGAGCUGCAAUGUUGGGUCCCAGGCACAGAGCAGCGUGGCUGUUCAAGUGAAGAAUACUGUUACUCCAAUAUCCACAAAGUUCUAUAUUGACAGUGAAUCUGUCCUGCGUAACUUGUCAGAUGCUGUGAUCAAGAGACCAUCCCAACUUAAUGUUGAAUUUUUGCAGUCACUCUGGGAAACAUUUCCAAACAAGGAUGAGACCCGACAAAAGGUAUUACUUGUAUUUUCAGAUGGUGUGGAUGAUGACUUAGAAGCACUUGAACAAAAAUCUGAAGAACUUAAAGAGAAAGGUUUGGAUGCUCUUAUAACUGUUUCUCUGGAAGGAACCUCCAAUUUUCAAAACCUCCAAUCUAUUGAGUUUGGAAAAGGAUUUGAAUAUGGAACUCGCUUAGAUAUUGGCAUGACAGAUAUCGCUAGCAGGCUAUCCAAGUUCUUGAACAAUAUUGCUGAGAGGACCUGCUGCUGUUUGUCUUGCAAAUGUACUGGGGAAGAAGGUGAAAUCGGCGAUAGGGGAAGACAAGGGAUGAAGGGACACAAUGGUGUUAAAGGCAACCUGGGAUAUCUUGGAGAUGAAGGAGAACUGGGCCCAAGAGGACCACCUGGACCACAAGGCAGACAAGGCAACAUGGGGUGUCCAGGCAAAAGAGGUUUAAAGGGGUUUCGAGGAUUUGUUGGAAAAAAGGGUGACAAUGGGGAAGAUGGGACUGAUGGAAUUACAGGAGAAGAGGGAUCUCCUGGGAUUCCUGGAAAGAAAGGAGAGAAGGGUGACAUUGGAUAUCCAGGAAGUCCAGGGCUAAGAGGACCCCCUGGUGAUCGUGGCCAGAAGGGCUUUCGAGGAGAUCCUGGUAACCCUGGACUGAACAGUGCAGUAGUAGGAGUAAGAGGCUUUCCAGGAGAAGAGGGGGAAGAGGGUGAGAGAGGACAAGAAGGCUCAAGCGGCUCAUCAGGAGGCAUAGGCAACCCGGGAAUACCAGGACAAAGGGGACAACGGGGACCAGAGGGCAAUCGUGGAGACCCUGGUCAGUAUGGCUUGCAAGGAAAACAAGGAUACAAAGGACCUCAGGGACAAAAAGGCAUUAAUGGUCAAAAAGGACAGAAAGGGAUACCAGGACUUAAGGGUCCUCCAAAUGAACCAGGCGCUGUGGGUCCGGCAGGGAAUCCUGGAGCUCCUGGGAAACCAGGAAUUAAAGGACAACCUGGUGAUCCAGGACCAAAAGGAGAAACAGGUCCAUAUGGUUUGCGUGGAAUGCGGGGAGAAGAUGGUCCUUUUGGAUAUGGCCUACCUGGAGAAAAAGGAGUAAAGGGAAAUAAAGGAUUUCCUGGACAUAUUGGACAGAAGGGUGAAGCUGGGGACCAGGGAAUCCCAGGGGAACAUGGUCUAAAAGGGUACAGAGGCAGAAUGGGUAUUCCAGGACGUGCUGGUCUGGAAGGCAGUCCAGGAGACAGGGGAUCUCCAGGACGCAGG